CACUUUUAUUACUCGCUUUAAUUAAGUUGCAGGGGUAUCAAUCUGUUUCUUCAUGUAUGUACAAGCUUCACAUGCAUUUCAUGUAUCGCAAAUCACUUGUUUGUCUCGCAUAAAUCCAUCGUGAGUCGCACGACCACUUCCGACAAUAUUCUUGUUUUCGGAUUCAUUCUCAAAAUCGUGAAACAUGUACUUAUAAAUCGUACUGCUUUUUCCAUAGCCAUAAAAACGUUAAAAAUCAUUUAAUGAUGACUGCGCUAUCGAAAUUGUUUCUUGAUUUAUCACGGCGAUAUGGACGUCAUUCUGUUUUCUUGAAUCGCAAAUUUUCGAAAAACCCUCCGACUGACUAUCGAAAAGUCCAAAAGAUCGAGGGGAAAAGUGUAAAAAAAUUGACGAGGAAAGAAAAAGAUAAAAAUGGGCAAAAAGACAACGAGGCUUAUAUCAGAGUAUGCAUCAUCGGCGGGGGAGUAACACCUCUUUACACCGCGAUUCUUUUGAAGCAAUAUAAGAUUAUCAAAAGCAUACGUCUGGUGGAUACAAGGGGUUCCUCAUCAGAGGCUUUGACAGAUGUGUCACAACUGGAAACCAGCCCUCGUAUAGAUUACUUUCGAGAAAAGGAUAUAAAGCAAGCUCUCAGAGAAGCGAACAUUGUUGCGCUCAUGGACGAGACUGACGUCAACGACGCGGUAGGUAACACGAUGGCCCAGGAGCAAUUCAAAUUGACGGCGAAUUAUGUGCGUCAGAUGACGGACCGGAUACUGCGCUUCUGUCCGGACGCCCUCGUGGCCGUGUUCGCGCGCCCUGUCACCGCUACGCUCGCGAUGGUCUCCGAGAUCUUCCGGUAUUCCGGCUGGUGGAAUCCCGACCGGAUCGUCGGCUCGAUCGCGACGUACGGUGGACGGAUCGAAAAGAUGACGGCGGCAAUCCUCAACCUGGAGCGUGCGAGUCUCUCGGUACCGCUGGCCGGCGGCGCCGACGCGCAAACCGUCGUGCCGUUACUCUCGCGCGCUCUUCCCUUCAAUCAAUUCACAAACACACAACGCAAGACCCUGCUGCAAUCGUUUCGGGCCGGUGACGAGGAGACAAGAACAACGUUCGAUGAAGGUCCAUCGUUAUCGUCUGGAACGGCUGCUGCCAAGUUGAUAAUCAACCUCGCUGCCGGUCUAUCCGGGCACAACCACGUCAUCACCUGCGCCUACGUACGGUCGAACGUACUACCGGUCUGUCGAUUUUUCACCAGCGAGCUGGAGCUGGGCCCGGAAGGUGUCAAGCGAAAUUUUGGCUUGCCGAAAAUCUCAGCUGCGGAGGUGCUCUUGAUCGAGCAAGCGAUACCUCUCAUUAACGAGCACGUCGACAUGGCGGUUGCUGCAGUCCGGACGGAGAGAACGCGCACUAGGACGCGAUGACGGAUUCGGGACUGUAUUUCAGAAAAUCUUGUCUUUGGCAGAAUUGAAAUCUUGUACGAGUAUCUCGAGGUGUUUACUUCCUCGAGUUUUAUUGCUGUAUUCAACUUCAUAUCAUGCGCUUCGUCCCGCAUAAGUUGUAACUUUAUUGCUUAUUAUUAAAGGAUAAAUGUAGCUUAUAUUAUCAAGCGAAUAAAAACAAUUAGUUGAUGUAACAAUCGCGAUAUUAAGAGGUCGAGAGCAAAGAUGUUUUUGGG